AGUGGCAGUUGGAAAUGGGUUAAGGGCAGACAUAUGGGAGAACUUCAAAGAGAGAUACAAUAUUCCAAAUAUUUGUGAAUUCUUUGGGGCAACUGAGGGGACAAUAGCAUUAAUGAAUCUAAGCAAUCGUGUUGGAUCAUGUGGGAGAUAUUCUCCACUUAUAAAUAGAAUGGAUCCUACACCAAAGUUGCUUGUAAAGGUAGAAAUUGACACUGGGGAUGUAAUCAGAGAUAAAAAUGGACAUUGCAUUCCUGUCAAAGUCGGUGAACCAGGACUGUUACUUGGUGCUAUACCAUUCUACUACCAGGACAUGCAGUUUUAUAAAGGAGGGAAAGAAAUCAACGAGAAGAAAAUACUGAGGAAUGUUUUGAAGGAAGGUGAUGCUUACUUUAACUUUGGAGAUAUGUUGACAAUGGACUCUGAUUAUUUUGUCUACUUCAAGGACAGGAUAGGUGAUACAUUCAGAUGGAAAGGAGAAAAUGUUGCUACAUAUGAGGUCUCUAAUGUCCUUACAAAACUUGAUGUCAUCCAUGAUGCUAAUGUAUAUGGAGUGGAAAUUUCAGGGUCGGAGGGUCGUGCAGGGAUGGCGGCCAUUCAUUUAGAAGACAAUGUUACAAUUACACCACAGAUUCUGAAAGACAUAUUUCAUCAUGCUAAAGAGAAUUUACCAAGUUAUGCCAGACCUUUAUUUCUAAGGUUUCCAAAAGAACAGGCUGUUACAACCACACUUAAACAACAGAAAACACAGCUUAGAAAAGAAGGUUUUCAACCACAAGAUAUAGAUGACCCACUAUAUUACUAUGAUGAACAAAAUAAAACAUAUUCUCCAUUAACGGUGGACACAUAUGGACAAUUCCUGGCAAAAUCCAAAUUGUAAUUAAGAUUAUCAGUGUAACAGCAGUAACUAUAUCUAAACUAAUGAAGAAAAUGUUGUACUUUGACUGGUAUAUAUUUAAUUGUAUUUAUACUCGUAUAUUUUUAAAUCAUUCCAUCAUUGACACAAGGUAAAAUGAAAAUGUUUAAAGACAG